AUGUCCACCGAACUCUCGUUCACGCCGCAUCACGCGCUGGGCGGGGGGAUUCUCCUCGGCGUCGCCGUGAUCGGAAAACUCGCGCUCACCGGACGCGUGCUCGGCGUCUCCGGCGCGUUUAAGGGUCUGGUGAAGGGCGCGCGAGAGCCCUGGAGACUGGCGUUCGUCGGUGGACUCGUCGCGGCGGGGGCGUGCGCGAGGACGCUGGGCGCGUUGGAUGAGAAUGUGAGCGCGACGACGCCGAGCGCGGCGCGGGCGGCGAUCGCGGGCGCGCUCGUGGGCGUCGGUACCGCCAUGGGACGCGGAUGCACGAGUGGACACGGGAUCGUGGGUAAUUCGCGGUUGAGCCCGAGGAGCUUCGCGUACACGCUCGUGUUCAUGGCGACGGGGGCGGCGUGCGCGACGGUUUUUCAGACGAAUGCCGCGUUGGACGUCGACUCGAAGCAUCACGUCUUGGGGCGAGGGACGAUCGGUGCCGAGCGUGAUGACGUGGAACUUUGGGUGCGGUUGGGUGCCGCCGCGGUGUGCGCUUUCGCGGCGGCGGCGGUGUACAUCAAGCGCGCGAUCGCGGUGAGUCCGAAGGAUGGGAAGGGCGAAGCCGAGGUGAGCGCGAAGAAGAAGCACGCCAUCGACGUCGUCGUCGACGGCGCCGCGGGUUUGGUCUUCGGUCUCGGACUCGCGGUGAGCGGAAUGAUGUCUCCGGCAAAAGUGAGCGCGUUCCUGAGCGUGCUGGAGCCGUCGUGGGAUCCGAGUCUGAUGUUCGUCAUGGGCGGCGCCAUGGCGGUGACCAUGGCGGGGAUCCGCUUCGCCAAGGCGCACACGGGUUUGCACAAACCCACGUGCUCGUAUAACAACUUUGACUUCGCGACGAAUAAGAACAUCGAUCGUCCGCUCCUCAUCGGCGGCGUUCUCUUCGGCGCGGGUUGGGGCUUGGGAGGAAUCUGCCCGGGUCCGGCGAUCGUCUCCUCCGUCGCCAAUCCAUCCGCCGAGUUGGGCGUUUGGAUCGCCUCGUUCAUCGCCGGCAUGUGGGCGCACGAAAACUUCAUGUGA